GAUACGUCGAUGGUGGAAACCGGGAAAUGAUUAAGUAACGAGAAGACGGAAAACAAAAGAAGUUCAUAUUAAACAGCAAUAGUGGAAUAACUAACAUUGUAUACACGUAUCUGUUGUUGCAAUAAUGGUUAUGUCUCGCUUAAAGAAUCGCAUUUAGGUUUUCGGGGAUGAUUUUUAUUAAUGCCCCGUAAAGCCUUAAAGAAAGACAAGCCUCCCCUGCUGUUCGUGGAGCAGCCUGUGCGUGGAGCCAGACUCCAAAAUGUGCCCGAAGUCCGAGCAGCACUCAACCCCAAAGAGUUCUUCACAGAGACACAGGCCGAGAACAGCUCAACUCUAACUUCUUGGGUAAGACCAGAAUUUGACAGUUCCCUUGCAGCUGCACUGCCGGUGAGGCGAGGGAGGAGAAAAUGCCUCUCUGCCACAAGCGUCCUCGACGGUUGCAGUUCGCUGUCGUCAAAGAAGAGCGUGUGCAAAUUCCCCUCGUUAUCGUUUCAGACCAGGUCAAGAGAUCAAUCUCACCAACCAAAGAGUGCACGCGCAAAGAAAUCCACCGUAGCGUCUGAUCAAUCACGGGGAUCGUGCCGAACCAAGAGGAAGGUUUCUAGUGCACAAUACUCUGACGCACCGAAGAAACCGCCAACCUCAAUCGAAAUAGGCAACGUGGAGAGAUUCACCGACGGCGAAGCAUCCUGUAGCGGACGUCCGGACCCGCCGGAAACUCCAUCUAUUCAAGUGACGGAGAAAUACAGAACAGCGGCAGGCGGUGUGUCGACGGAGGUCUGCGGUGUCCGUCCACCGCCUGAUGUGGACACUCCAAAAGUAAUCAAAGGAGGGAGUAGCUGUCACCCUUUGCCCUCUCUGCAAUGGCUAGAGGCUCAACCAUGUACGCCACCAUGUGACCUGCCGCCUGACAUUUUAGUGGCGGACACACCAGAGCGGGAUUAUGGGGUGAAGGUGACAUGGAGGAGGAGGAGGGGUUUGAUGAUGUUGUUAAAAGAGAGAGGCUAUCUCUCGGAUGCGGAUUCCUUAAUUAACAGCUGAUGACAUUGUGUGUGUCUACUGAGAAAGUCUCAUUAUUCAACAAACCACUUCAGUGACAGGAAUCCUUUCUAUGAAAAGUUUGUUUUUGCACUGAAUGGAACUGCUCUAUUUUAAAGUCAUGAUUACGUUUCAGUUCAUUGACGGUUUACUUUAAAUUUCAUUAUAAUAGGGACAUUAUGAACUUACCCAUCCAUACUUCACAACCCUUGUUUUUAACAUUGUAAUUAUCAAAUCACAUAAUGGACUAAAUAAAAUGCCAUUAAUUACAAUAUUAUAAAAAUAUUAAAUAUUUCCAUGAGAAAUAAUAGAAUUUCCAAUUAUGUUGUAUUUUUAGAAAUAGUAAGCAAUCCACUGUUUAUACUGUAUAAUACUGACCAAGCAACAACAGCCUUUUGUUUGUCAUUCUCACAUUCCUAGAUUUUAAUUUCAGAAGUUUGGGAAAAGGUCCUCUUAUAAUGGAUAUAUAGAGCAGACACUAAUUUGAGGAAAUCUUGAGUCAGUGGUGUAAUAAAGCAAAUAGCUGCUAAAUGAAUGUCUGAUCACUGCUGUUAGGAACGCUGUGGAAUGUUUCUUGUAAAAUACAUGUAAUAAAUGUAUGUGUUUAAAGGGCAAACUAAAUACUUAAUUUAUUGAGACCCAUUUCUCUCUGACAUGUGAUUACGUAUAACUUGGCUUCCCACAAUACCCCCGUCGGCGCUGUGGCCGGACUCCAUCAUAACCCAGGACCUCGAGUAGGAGUUCAACAUUAGCUCCAUCCCUAGGAAGGCUCAGGAACAAAUGUACUUCAUGAGACAGGUGCGCUUCUCCACGGCCAUCAUUGAGUCCAUCUUCUGCUCCUCCAUCAUCAUCUCACACUCAUGCAGCCAAGGUCAAGGGUGCGCUGCAGCGUUUCAUUCACUCUGCUGACAGGGUAAUUGGCAGCAAUCUGCCAUCACUAGGAGACUUGUUUGCUUCAAAGACCCUGAAGCGAGCAUGGAGGAUUGUCCCCUCUUACCCUGGACAUAAACUGUUUUAGCCACUUCCCUCUGGCAGGACGCUGCGGUCCAUUAGGACCAAGAGCCCCGCCUCCACAAAAGCAGCAGUCAUAAACAAAGCCUGGAACCCCCGGUGACUGUUCUCCCCCAUCCUGCAGUCCAAGGAAAGUUUUUGCAAAUCUUCUCUGCUAUUCAUUUAAUAUCUAACACACUAGACCCCUUAUUUUAUAAUUGAACAUUAUUAUUGUCUUUUGCACUUGUGUUUAUUUAUUUAUAUUUAUUGUUUGCAACAU